AAAAAAAAAGAAAAAAAAAAGAAUGGAGGCAGAGUAUAUACGUAGAUACCAUGGGCACCAACACAAUGUGAACCAGUGUUCUUCUUGUGUUGUCAAGCACAUAAAAGCUCCAGUUGACAUAGUUUGGUCCCUUGUAAGGAGAUUCGAUGAGCCGCAAAAGUACAAACCAUUUGUUAGCCGAUGCACGGUAAAGGGAGAUCUCAAUAUCGGUAGUGUUCGAGAAGUUAACGUAAAGUCGGGACUUCCGGCCACCACAAGCACCGAGCGCUUGGAGCUUCUCGAUGACCGAAGGCAUAUCAUUCGGGUCAAAUUUGUUGGUGGCGAUCACAGGCUAAACAAUUACUCAUCGAUAAUCACGGUUCAUCCAGAGACGAUUGAGGGGAGACCAGGGACAGUUGUGAUCGAGUCAUUCGUGGUGGACGUGCCUAAAGGGAAUACUUUAGAAGAGACUUGCUAUUUUGUCAAGGCUUACAUAAACUGCAAUCUUAGGUCUCUGGCUUUAGUCUCCGAGCGAAUGGCGAUGCAGGACAGCAUGGCUUGAGUUCGGAAAAUUGUCGCUUUUGCCCUUCGGAGCCUAAAAAGAGAGUUCAUCAUGUCCUACCUACGCAAUGAACACUUCUUUUGGUGCGUUAUAUUGAAUGGGUUUUAUUAGUUAAUCUGUAGUGUGUGACAUAAGUAUUUUACCUAUGUUUAUAGUAAGGACAUGUAAGAUUAAGAAUCCUUUUGAAAUUUUGUUUGCUGUCGUCAACGUUAUAUGUGAAUCGUGAUGUACAUUUUGUGUUUUGGUAAUUCAGAUUUUUUUUUCUUCUUAUCGUUAUUUGUUUAACAGAAA